GUGUAUGCGGAUUCCCCGCGUGAGUCACUCGUCUGCCACGUUCCGUCGGCGUCGCCGUCUCAACAACCUCCGCUCCGCCGCGGCCGCCCUAUAUUCCUCCGCGGAGCUAUGGGCGGCAAGAAAUCCUUUGCUUCUAUUCCAAAUCCAACCGCCGAAGCAGCUCUUUUUCUCUCUCUCGCGCGCGCGCGGCCCAUCUUCGACCUCUCUCACUGAUGCCCUCGCUUAUGUCUACUGUUUAUUUAAGCUGUUGCUUCACUUCUACGAGCGAAAACAGAUUCUGAAACUUUGAUUGUUUGAUUUGGUUUCAAUUGCGGAGAUGACGUCGGAGGGAGUGAUUUACCUUCACGGAGACUUGAAUCUGAAGAUCGUAAAAGCUCGUGCUUUGCCGAACAUGGAUUUGAUGACCUCGCGCGUCCGCCGCUGCCUCACCAUUUGCGAAGCCUGCACGGCGCAGCGCUCCGGCGAAGACAGUGACGGUAGUAAGAAAGUGCGUCACCACCGGAAAAUCAUCACGAGUGACCCUUACGUUACCGUCUCGGUGCCCCAGGCCACCGUUGCGCGAACGCGGGUGGUCCCGAACGCUCAAGACCCCGAGUGGAACGAACAGUUCAACAUUCCACUGGCUUAUCCGGCUGCGAAUCUGGAGUUCCACGUGAAGGACAACGACGUAUUCGGGGCUCAGCUUAUCGGCAGAGUUCUGAUUUCAGCCGAGAGGGUGGCUUCCGGCGAAACCAUCCGCGGGUGGUUUCCGGUGGUUGGGUCUAACGGGAACCCGCCCAAGCAUGACACCGCACUCUACAUCGAUAUGAAAUUCAUGCCAUGUGAGAGCAAUCUGCUCUACCAGCAUGGCCUUGCUGCUGAUCCCGAGCACGGAGGUGUGAGGCACACUUACUUUCCGCUGAGAAAAGGUUGUUCGGUAAAAUUGUACCAAGACGCUCACAUUAGCAAUGAAGUUAAGCUUCCGGAGAUUGAAUUGGACGGGGGAAAGUUUUUCGAGCACGGGAAGUGCUGGGAAGACUUGUGCUAUGCGAUAUCGGAGGCUCAUCAUUUGAUAUACAUGGUUGGCUGGUCAAUCUAUCACAAGGUGAAGUUGGUAAGAGAGCCGACUCGGCCACUGCCCAGAGGUGAUUUGACUCUGGGUGAAUUGCUCAGGUAUAAGUCCCAGGAAGGGGUUCGAGUUCUGCUACUGAUAUGGGACGACAAGACUUCUCAUGAUAAGUUUUUCUUUAAAACGGCAGGAAUGAUGCAAACGCAUGAUGAAGAGACGAAGAAGUUUUUCAAGCAUUCGUCUGUCACUUGUGUGCUGUCACCUCGUUAUGCCAGCAGUAAGCUUGGCUACAUGAAACAACAGGUUGUUGGAACUCUAUUUACACACCAUCAGAAAUGUGUACUUGUGGAUACACAGGCAGCUGGUAAUAACAGAAAGAUUACAGCAUUUUUGGGUGGUCUUGAUCUCUGUGAUGGUCGCUAUGAUACACCUGAGCAUCGGUUAUUUCGUGAUCUUAAUACUGUAUUUCAUGAUGAUUAUCAUAAUCCUAAUUUUCCUGCUGGGACUAAGGCUCCAAGGCAGCCUUGGCAUGAUUUGCACUGCAGAAUUGAUGGGCAAGCUGCAUAUGAUGUUCUUUUAAACUUUGAGCAGCGGUGGAGAAAAGCAACAAAGUGGACUGAGUUGGGGUUUCGACUCAGAAGAGUAUCUCAUUGGCAUGAUGAUGCUUUGAUAAAGAUUGAUCGUAUUUCAUGGAUACUUAGUCCAGUUCAAUCUGCUUGGAAGCAUGAGAAGCUUGCCUCUGUCCCAGAGGAAGAUCCCUUUUUAUGGGUUUCCAAAGAAGAGCAUCCUGAAAACUGGCACGUUCAGAUUUUCCGGUCCAUUGAUUCAGGAUCAGCGAAGGGGUUCCCUAAAACUGUUGAUAUUGCUCAGUCUCAGAACCUUUUAUGUUCAAAAAAUCUGGUGAUAGAUAGAAGCAUACAGAUAGCAUACAUUCAGGCUAUCAGAUCAGCUCAACAUUUCAUAUACAUUGAAAAUCAAUAUUUUAUUGGAUCAUCAUAUGCAUGGCCAUCGUACAAAGAUGCAGGAGCUGAUAACCUGGUCCCCAUGGAGUUGGCAUUGAAAAUUGCUAGUAAAAUUAGAGCUAAAGAGAGAUUUGCAGUGUAUGUUGUCAUACCAAUGUGGCCUGAAGGUGAUCCAACUACUGGUGCUAUGCAAGAAAUCCUGUUUUGGCAGAACCAGACAAUGGAAACAAUGUAUGGAGUGGUUGCACGGGAACUUAAAUCAAUGCAAGUAGCUGAUGCAAAUCCUCAGGAUUACCUAAAUUUCUAUUGCCUUGGCAAUCGGGAAGAAAUACCUGAGGAGAGGUCAAGAGAAGAUUCAGAGUCUUCUGCUAAUGGUGCUAAGAUCUCAGAUUCUGAGAAAUUCCAGCGUUUCAUGGUCUAUGUGCAUGCAAAAGGAAUGAUAGUGGAUGAUGAGUAUGUAAUAAUAGGAUCAGCCAACAUUAAUCAGAGAUCUUUGGCUGGUACUAAAGACACCGAGAUAGCCAUGGGUGCGUAUCAGCCCCAUCACACUUGGUCGAGCAAGAAGCAACAUCCUCAUGGCCAGAUCUACGGGUACAGAAUGUCUCUGUGGGCUGAGCACCUCGGGAGCGUAGAGAAAUGCUUCAAGGAGCCAGAGACUUUGGAGUGUGUGAGGGAAGUGAAUCGAGUGGCCGAAGAUAACUGGAAGAGGUACACAGCCGAGGGUUUCACUCCAUUGCAAGGGCAUCUUCUCAAGUACCCUGUAAAGGUAGAUGAUGAUGGAAAGGUAGGACCAUUGCCUGGAUUCGACAAUUUCCCCGAUGUUGGUGGUAGAAUUACAGGAAGUUGUUCACAAGCUAUCCCUGACGUUCUCACGACAUGAUGCAUGCCAACUUUGUUGCCCUUUCGAGUUUGUGCCUCUGUGGAAUGGUACGAGCUUUUGAACUUUAUCUCCCUUUCUGUGCAUGGAAGUUUUUUUUUUUGUGGGUUUUAUGUGAAUGUGUAAAUGGAGAAUGUGGCUAUUUGUAUGGCUUUUGCGGAGAGUGGCUAUGAACUGUAAAUGUGCCCAGAAUUGAGCAAUACUUGGUCAGUUAGCCUGGUUCUUUACUUUUAUCUUUAUAUAUUGUGAACCAAUCUGUCCCCUUUGUAAAGGCGAUGGAAACGAACUUGUGCAUCGUUGUUGC